GUCUGCAUCGGUAUAGGCGAGGGUGUGUGGUUGCUUACCUAGCCGGAGGACAUCAGGCAUAUUCUUCCAGUUCUUGGAAAAGUGGAAACACUUCGAGACACUAGACUGAGUGGGUUCAUUGUCUUAUCUCUCGGUUUCUACUUUACAGAGGUAACUUACAGAGAGGCUGAAAUUCAUGCAGCAGCGCUCCACCCUUUUUUUCUGGGAGCGACCUAGUUCUGGUGAAGCUGUUUGUCCCUAAGCUCUCUCCGUAGUAGCCGCCGCCCAUCCCUCUUUGUGUGCUUCGGGAAGCCGCGGAGCUAGUGGCUGCGACUCUUGGGAGUUGGGAGUGAAGGAGAGGGACGUUAUCCGGACGUUGCAGGCGGGCGGACUCUUUCUCCCAUCGCGCCAGCUGACAGGUCACAAACAUGUCGGACAAAAGUGAAUUAAAGGCAGAAUUGGAACGAAAGAAGCAGCGGUUGGCCCAAAUCAGAGAGGAAAAGAAGAGAAAAGAAGAAGAAAGGAAGAAAAAGGAAACUGAUCAGAAGAAGGAAGCAGUUGCUCCUGUGCAAGAAGAAUCAGAUCUUGAAAAAAAAAGAAGAGAAGCUGAAGCAUUGCUUCAAAGCAUGGGGCUAACUCCAGAAUCCCCCAUUGUUUUUUCUGAAUACUGGGUCCCUCCUCCUAUGUCUCCAUCCUCCAAAUCUGUGAGCACACCAAGUGAAGCUGGAAGCCAAGACUCUGGAGAUGGCGCAGUGGGAUCUAGGACGCUGCAUUGGGAUACAGAUCCAUCAGUUCUUCAGCUUCACUCAGAUUCCGAUUUGGGACGAGGACCUAUUAAACUUGGAAUGGCUAAAAUUACACAAGUUGACUUUCCUCCUCGAGAAAUCGUCACAUAUACAAAGGAAACUCAGACUCCAGUUAUGGCUCAACCCAAAGAAGAUGAAGAGGAAGAAGAUGAUGUAGUGACUCCUAAACCACCUACUGAACCUGAAGAAGAGAAAACUUUAAAGAAAGAUGAAGAAAAUGAUAGUAAAGCUCCCCCUCAUGAGCUGACUGAAGAAGAAAAGCAACAAAUCUUACAUUCGGAGGAAUUUUUAAGUUUCUUUGACCAUUCUACAAGAAUUGUAGAGAGAGCGCUUUCUGAGCAGAUUAAUAUCUUCUUUGACUACAGCGGAAGGGAUUUGGAAGACAAAGAAGGAGAGAUUCAAGCAGGUGCUAAACUGUCAUUAAAUCGACAAUUUUUUGAUGAACGUUGGUCAAAGCAUCGUGUUGUUAGCUGUUUGGAUUGGUCAUCUCAGUAUCCAGAGCUACUCGUGGCUUCCUAUAAUAACAAUGAAGAUGCUCCUCAUGAACCUGAUGGUGUGGCCCUCGUGUGGAAUAUGAAAUACAAAAAAACUACCCCAGAAUAUGUGUUUCACUGCCAGUCAGCUGUGAUGUCUGCUACAUUUGCAAAAUUUCAUCCAAAUCUGGUUGUUGGUGGUACAUAUUCAGGCCAAAUUGUCCUGUGGGAUAACCGCAGCAAUAAAAGAACUCCGGUGCAGAGAACUCCGCUGUCAGCUGCUGCACACACACAUCCUGUAUAUUGUGUAAAUGUUGUUGGAACACAAAAUGCUCACAAUCUGAUUAGCAUAUCUACUGAUGGAAAAAUUUGUUCGUGGAGUCUGGACAUGCUUUCCCAUCCACAGGAUAGCAUGGAAUUGGUUCAUAAACAGUCAAAGGCAGUAGCUGUGACAUCUAUGUCCUUCCCUGUUGGAGAUGUCAACAACUUUGUUGUUGGAAGUGAAGAAGGUUCUGUGUACACAGCAUGCCGCCAUGGCAGCAAAGCUGGAAUCAGUGAGAUGUUUGAGGGACAUCAAGGACCAAUCACUGGUAUCCAUUGUCAUGCAGCUGUUGGAGCAGUGGACUUCUCACAUCUUUUUGUCACGUCAUCAUUUGACUGGACAGUAAAACUUUGGACAACUAAGAAUAACAAGCCUUUGUACUCAUUUGAAGAUAAUUCAGACUAUGUUUAUGAUGUUAUGUGGUCACCCACCCACCCAGCCCUGUUUGCUUGUGUGGAUGGCAUGGGGAGGCUGGAUUUGUGGAAUCUCAAUAAUGAUACAGAGGUGCCAACUGCCAGCAUUUCUGUGGAGGGUAAUCCUGCUCUUAAUCGUGUAAGAUGGACCCAUUCUGGAAGAGAGAUUGCUGUGGGUGAUUCUGAAGGACAGAUUGUCAUAUAUGAUGUGGGAGAGCAGAUUGCUGUCCCCCGAAAUGAUGAAUGGGCACGGUUCGGCCGAACACUCGCAGAAAUUAAUGCAAACAGAGCUGAUGCAGAGGAGGAAGCAGCUACCCGAAUACCUGCUUAGCUCCUGAAAGGGGGAUAUUGUAGCCUUAGCAGGUUUGGGGAAGUCCCUAAGUAGAACCUAAGACUAUUUGCAUGUUUCUGUCUAAAUGUUCAUUAAAAGGAAAUUUCGUGGAUUUAACCAUGGAUUUAACGGAGCAAGUAAAUUAUAGUGUCCCUUUUUAUAUAACAUGCAUCUUGUUUUGGAUUUGUGUCAUUUUUAAUACAGCCGAUUAACUUUACAGAUUGCAGCCUUUUCUGAAUUCUUAUACACAAGUGUAUAUUUGGUAUUAGUUAUUCUUCUGAAUUCUUUUCAACGUGUAACACUAUAUUCAAGUUAUUUCUAAAGUACAGAUUAAAUCAGUUCUGCAUAUUUUUAAAUAAUCACAGUUCCCUGUUACACUGAUACUGUCCUCACUAACCAUAAUAUGUAAGAAUAAUGUUUAUUCUUAACCGUAGCAUGCAUACAUUUACCCAAGCUCCAUUCUAAUAUCCCUUUUCUUCUUUAUAAUUCAUGUGAUCACUAUUAAAUAAAAACAAAUAUGCUUUAACUUUUCAGAUUUUCAUUUUGAUUUAGCCUUGCAAUUUUAAUUUUCCCAUCCCUUUUAUAAAGUGUCUUUUUUUACGUAUCUUUCUUUAAGCUCUCAUUGUAAGUGGCCACCUCAAAUCUCGUCAAGUUUUGUGUCUUAAAUAUGCCAUACAUUAUAAUGUAGAUCUCUUGAUGAAAUUGUGAACUGAUGUUUCCUGUCAGUGAAAAAAUUUAUCCUGGGUUAACUUUUGCUUUACUCCCUAAUUUACUUUCCAUCUGAGAUGUAGUUCUUCUAAAGAAUAAACAGAAAGCUGCCUAUUA